UUAUAUAAUUUUCAGUUGUCAGUUCGUUUAGAUACUGAAAGUAAUUGUUUAUUGGGGAUACGCUUCUGAAAUAAAUUAUUUAAAAUAUUGGAAAACAGGAAAAAAUUAAAAAAUCAGUCUAAUUUUAUUUUUAGUUUAUUUUGUAUUUCGUUUCUACAUUGCAAGUAUGUGUUCUCAUGGGUUCUUUUAUUCCUCCAACGGAGAUAUUAAUAUUUAUAACACUGGUGAAGACAACCCCAAUCUAAAUUUAAAUCGUAGCCGUUCUUCAACAACAAGUCAGGGAGCUAGAUACGUUGUUAUAAAUGAAGUCAUGGGCAACAACUAUUCCAUGGAUAUAGUAAGUGUAGAUCAGAUUCCAAGAGUGCUCGGUAACAGCCAAAUCAAUGGUAUUGUAAGAGUACCAGAGGCUGAAUCACAAUCUGAUUUUGAUCGUUCCAACAAUAUUUCUGGCCCUUUUCCCAUCGUAACUUAUUCGGAAGUAUUACAAAGUACCAGACGUUCACGCAGCACUCGGCAACAUCGUUCGCAUCCAUAUCGUAGAAAUGCUCGCAGAUCGCAAGGAAUAGAAUAUGUUGCCAACGAACGGCCACAAUACGAACAAAUUAGAGCCGUCCCAGAGGAAGAUGUUGAAGAAAAUCAAAUGGAAUUGGGUAAUGUGAUUGAACCUUCAUCCAGCAUUUAUCAACCAAUGGACUAAUUUAGUUACUCAGUGCGAAAGAACAUUGCCAUUCAGAAGAACAUUGAUAUGAAAAUAGAUUUUAUGAUUUUUUAAAAUUAGUUUUAUUUUAUAUUGCACGUUGAGU